AAUUACAGAGGUAAUGCACGUUCUCAUUCCGCAACCAAUCGUAAAAGACUAAUCUACUUAAUAGUCCAGGCUACCAGGUUAUAACUUCAAAGUUCUUACCCAUUCAUCCUUCUGCGCUUAUAUAGUACGCAUGAUCAUAAUACUGCCUCGUUGAAAUGGAGCGUCCUUCUACGCCUCCGCACGCGGCAAACGCUAACCUCUCUAAACCCAUACCAUCCCCUCCUACACCUGAAAUUACCCGUCGCAUAGAAGAGAAUCGCCUCCGAGCUAAGGCAUUACGCGAACAACACGAGUCCGCCGCUCGAGCAUCUGGCGCCCCUUCUAUCUCUCGCACUCCAUCUGGCUUCAUUGCCACCGAUAAUGUCCGAGUUCCGAACACACGCAAGCGUGCUCACGAUGCUAUAUCUGGUAGCGUUCGAGUCCGCGAGACUCCGUCUACAAGCCGCGACGGUCGCGCUAAUGGCGCAUCACCUGCUAAGACUGCUUCUGGCGACAGUGCCGACCAGGCAAAGAAGGACAAAGAUGAUGGGGCAAUUAGACCCGCAAGGAAGUUUACCAAGUUCGUCGACUACGACUUGGGCAAGAUGACAGAUACGAAAGGUGGUUUCCUGAGUGCCGAGGACGAUCCUUGGAACAAAGCCAUGUCGGGGUCUACUACGAAGGGGAACGGAAAGGGUAGCGGGCCUAACGAAGGACAAGAAGAGAGGCCUAAGGGCAUGUCAUUGCAGGAGUGGGAAAGACGGCAGUUACUGAAGAAGCUCCAACGGCAGAAAGCAGGACCAUUUGAACCAGGUAUAAGCGUGCUACGGGAUGAAAAGGAGCGGAAGAGGUGUCGCGAGUGCAGGAGUCUCGAAAUCGACUUCGUAUGGGAGGAGGUUUUUGGGUGUGCUGUCUGCAACAGUUGCAAGGACAAGUACCCUGAGAAAUACAGUCUUCUGACCAAGACGGAGUGUAGGGAGGACUAUCUUCUUACGGAGCCAGAGCUGAAGGACGAAGAAUUACUACCCCACCUCUCAAAGCCAAACCCGCACAAGUCCCACUGGCAUGAUAUGAUGCUGUUCCUUCGGUACCAGGUCGAGGAGUACGCAUUUAGCGAUAAGAAGUGGGGGUCGGCAGAAGCGCUGGACGCCGAGUUCGAGCGUCGCGAGGCGGAGAAGAAGAAACGGAAAGAAGCUAAAUUCAAGGAAAAGCUGUUAGACUUGAAGAAGCGGACGAGAACGGAAGCGUAUCGGAGGCAAGCAGGAAAGCUCGGAGGAGACGGAGCUACUGGCGGUAAGAAAGCCAAAUUCGGCGACACGAUUUCGACCGGUGGCAAACAUGUUCACGAAUGGGGACGAGUUAUCGAGAAAGAAGACGGAUCAACAGUGAAGACGUGCACGACCUGCGGUAUGGAAGUUGAGGAAAUGGAGUUUUAGGGGUUACGAAUAGUGGCACCCAGUUAUGCAGUAUUAUAUAGAGAAUUGCAUAGAGAAUUGUAUAGAGAGCACUACAUGCUAGGUACCUAAUUGGCAGUUCGUUUAUGGAGACAGCUAAUAGCCUAAUAGUCACAAAGUUGAUGAGAUCGAGAUUCGUGUUCCCAAUCCACGCGCCAAUGCUACUCUUACGCACAAUGACAAAUCAUACAGAGCUGUAAACUCGUCCUUAUUUAUUGUAGGCCGACAGAGCGAGAUAAUCCUAUAGCUAGAAUACUUAUGAC